UUUAUUCGGCUUCGACUUUGGCUUCAGCCAAAUUUCUUAAAUAAUUAAGUUUUUACUAUGAUGCAGAUAUAUUUGUUGAGUGGGAAUGGUUUUUUUCAAAUUCAAUGGGUUUUUUCACAUAGAAAGAUUCUUAGUCGAGAAAUAAAAGUUGUUUUACGUUAUUAUUAAUUCUUAUCUGUAUUGACUAACCUAGCACGUUACAGGAAAUUUACAAAAGAGCGCGCGAAACAGUAACUGUAGAGUAUAAAAAAAGUCCUAAUGUUAACUUUUGUGACAAGAAGACUCAACUGUGAUAUUUCCUUCGAUAGAAUCUUAGAAGGAGGUGUUUUUAAAGUUUCCUUGUGUUUGGUAAUUUCACCCUUUAUUGUAUAAGUUUUGUUGAAAAUAUUUAUGUGUUGUUUGUUUGUUAGUAGUUUUGAAUAUGAGUUUGAUAGUUUUUGGAGAAGUUCAAGAUAAAGCUUCAAGAAAAAAACCAAACUAAGUGUUUAGUGUUGUAGUUAAUAUGUCUGAAUCGAUAAAUUCACAAAUUGUUAUUAAAAAAAAAGUGAAACAAGUUAAAGUAGACAUUUUUUUAAUUUGACAUUUAGACAACAAAAGAAAACUUGAAGUUUACAUGAAAUUUUUCAAGAAUGCUUACCAUUUAAUUUUGCUACACAAUCAUUAGCAACAAUAAUUACAUUUAACUGGGGAGUUAAGAAGAACUCGGGUACUGAUAAAGAAAUUAAUUUAUUAAAAUAAACUUCGAAAAAGAAAUUUAGAACAAGUGAAAGAGCGAUCAGAAAACAACUAUCUUAUGUUGAACUUUAUUUACCACAGAAGAAGAACUCUUUCAAUUCUUCAUUUAAUAUAUUAAACACUUUCACCACAAACACAAGUUCUCUGAUCGCGAUGAUUAAACAGGAAUUCUCAGGAAUAAUCGUCAGGACUUUUUUAAUUUUACGUGAUCGACAUGAGAGGCUGGUGGAGAUUAAGACUGCUGCCAGAGACUCGAGCAAAAUCCGGCCAAAGAUUAAAACGAUGAUGAGCUUUUCGCUGAUAUCGUCCUUCAGUAACUACAGUAAUUAAUGCCAAAGCAAAAGCUGCCAAAAAUAAAGAAAAAAAAAACAAAAUCAAAGAUUAAGCGAAAAGGUCUUUACAACAAUAAAUAAAACAAUUCUCAAGAUAAACAAAAAAAAAAAAUUUAAGAAGACAGAUGAAAGCAAAAAGUGAAUAGAAAACGCCUUGAAUCCCAUAAAUAUUCGAAUCAAGUUAGAGACUCUUUCGUGGAAGGAAAUAAGGGGAGUGAAGUUCAAUAUCGAAUUUCUCUUUCACACAGAGUAGACAAAGAGAUCAUGAAGAGGAUGUCCAAGUCAUGUAAGUGAUUCAUAGUGAGUAAAAAGACGAAGGGAAGGAGGUAGAGGAUUGAAAGACAAGAGGGUGAGUCCGGUGUUGAAACCGGAAGUAUUAAUUACACUCGGGUUCGUGUGAUGGUCUCAGGGUGGUGUCCGUGCGUGCCUCUCGGGCGUCGGGAGUCCUCGCGCUCACAUCCCACCAACAACGGCGGUCCUUACACCGUCAGCGCUGCUACGGAUCACGCUGAAAUGGUCCAGAUGUUUUACUAUGAGAACCGAGGCAAAUGUUGCAGAAAACUCCUGAGAUACAACGGAUAUCCGAAUAAGGUUCUUUUAUUUCCGGAAGAAGGAUGGGCAAGGAGUGCGAGUAGUUCAUACUGGACACUGACACCUUUCUGGUGGAGUCGUAGUCGUUGCAAAGUGGUGGAGGUGGCUGGAACAAGAAAAUACACUACACAAGCAAAGAUGGUGGAUACGGGAACUGGAACACUCUAUAUCAUUGGAUCAUUCAAACGUCAGACUGUCGAUGCGGACUUUAAGUUGUACCUGACGUCAAAUGUUACUUCCAGUGACUUCAACAUGGGCUACAGUAUGACUGGUACUCUAGAACGUGGAUGUAAAAAGACCAACACUUUCCAAAUGACUCACUUUGCAGUGAUACGACGACGAGACUAUGAAAAAGCCUACGAGGAUCCAAACCCCACCUAGUGCUCAUCUCCACCCACACAUUCAGAGUGUGGGGAUUACGAACAUUAUACGUAAGACGAGUGAUAUCAAAGUUAAGUUUUAAAUUAAAAUGAUAAACAUCGAAAGUAGAACUAAAUAUUCGCAAAUAUGUGCAUCAAGUGUCUUCAAGAUUAUAACCAAAAACAAAAAUGCAAGAAGACAAUCCAGCGUUUUAUGGAACAUUGUUGUACGUCUUCUUAUAUAUUUCAAGUCAUCUCGAUAUGUAUUCAAGAGACAACUGAAAGAAUUCUAGUCACGUGAUCGUUAUGUCAGACAAAAUCUCUCAAACUUGUCACGUUCAUCGUCACACUUUCGUCCUUCGAAGAAUUGUCCUCAAUUGACGAUUCGACUCACUCCAUAUACUCUAUUUGGGCCAGGGGACUGCCGUCCUCAUGAUCGUUAAUCCUAGGGACGAUAGAAAGUACUAGAGAAAGGGGAAAAAAUGUUAUAAGAGUAACAAUCGAGAUAUCCUUCGGUUAUCUUGAGUCUUUACUAACCAAGAAAUAUCAUGUUCUUAUUGUCUUGUAUUUUUUUUUCUUUCUCUAAUCUGACCCUUGUGCACAGAGUUGAUCCGUCGAAUGAAAAUUGAUAGUCGUGAUAAGGGAAACUUGUUCUCAUACGUAAGGGAAAGUUGUGACGAUCGAUUAAAUAGAAAUGUGUGGGCUCAUUCGUUUCCGGAUUGAAAAAUUGCGAAUUUUUUUAGGGGGGGGGAUGAAAAUUCAAAUAAAUUGGGGAAAUUGGAAUAAGUUUUAGCUCGGAAUAAAUUAACAAAUGUAAAUAAGGGAGAUAUUUUUUAUUUAAGCUUGUUUGUUUGAUUCGUUGUUUUUGUAAAUAAUAAAAAAAAAUUAUUUGUGAUAUAAAAUGAAAUUUUUGUGUUAAAAUAUUAUUUACAUAGAAAACUUGAGAACGAAUGAAGAGCAACUCGUGCUAUGCAAAGUAAUAAAGUUAAAAGAAUGAUGAAAAAGAUAGUAUUUUCAUAAUGAUAAAAAUAAAGUAUAGAUAAGAUAAAAAGAUGAAAAAUAAUCAAGUAAAAAAGAUAAAAGCUUAUUCUGGUUUCCUCUAUAUACAUAAAUAUACAUAAAUAAUAAGCUAUUCCAACAGAAAAAACGUCCAUUUGUAGUAUUUAAUUUUUCCUUCAAGAUAUAUAAUGAUACCAAAGUAGUUAAAAUAUGACAAAGUUUUUUCUUUAUUUAUUUAUUUAUUCUAUUUUACUUACUUUAUUUCCAAUAUUUUAUUCGUAUUUCGUGACUGCUUAUUUUAUGUGCACGAGCUUGAACAAGAAGUAGCUUGCGUGAGUUCAGUUCUUAAGUUAUAUCGGAUCUAAUUAAAUAAAUACAUUUUUUAUCAAAGUCACAAGUCAUCGGAAAGAUAUUAAAACUGUCAUUUCAAUGCAUUCAUUAACUUUUCGAUUAUUUUAUCUUUUAUUUGUUAGCUUUUAUAUUGAAUAGAAUUAACUUAUUAUUGUGUAUGACAUUGUGUUAUCCAAAAUUUUGGAAUUAAUGUUUAUAUUUUUCUAAAAUUUAUUGGCAUAGAUAACGAAAUUUUUCAAGAAAUUACUAUUUAACAAAAAAAAAAAAAAACCAAUUCGAAAAGCCCUUUAAAGUAGACAUAUUUUUUAUUGUGUAGCGAAUUAAUAAUACAAGAUAAUAUUUCAUAAUAGUUGUUUAAAAAAUGCUGUUUAACUUCACUAUAAUAUUUAAUAUUCAAAAAAAAAUUGAAGUAUGAAGACUUCUUUUUUGUUAGAAUGAAAAGAGAGAUAAAGAAAUUUCAAAAUCAUUCAAUUCUCAUCAAUAUGCUUCUUGACCACUAAAAUACCGCAGCAAGACAUGACUAGGCCCAUGAAUGGACCACAACUGCAUCAUAGCUAGAUGAUCACCAUUUGAUGGUUAAUGCUAGCCCAAUCAUGACCUAAUCAUCGUCCUGUUUUCCAAUUCCUGUAUGGGUGUAAGAAUUUUUCCCUGUAUAGUUUACUUCAUCAUUUCAACUUCAUUUUUUUUUUUUUAUUUUGUCAAAAUGUCAUUAAUAGCACCUAUCUGAUCUUUCAAUUUAAUUAAAAUUUAUUUAUUUUUAACAACGAAAUUACUCUAACAAAACUAUAAACAGCUUUAGGCUGGUUUCACUACGUUUCAUGAGAAUCAAUCAAAAAACUCACUCAAACAAAAAAAGCCAAUUUCGUUGCACCGCGUUAUUAAAACUACUCAUCUCUAAUAAUUCGAAAUCAAAAUGUCACAUCAAAUUUUUAUACACAAAUUCGUCGAGUUUGCAUUUGAUAACAAAAUUCACAAUAAUUGAAUAAUGAAACUAGGCAAAGCAAGAAAACUUUUAACAGGAAAAAUUUGCUUAACAUAAUUCGAAAUUGAGUAUAGAAAAAUUUUCUAAUCAUUUUAAAAGCUGGGAAAGGGAGGAAUGAAAAACAGAAUCUUCGAAGCUGUAGAUCCAAUUCGUAUUAUGAUAAGCUUAGUUGAUUCUUUGCUUCCUCUCUACCUCACUCCCCUAAUGUAAAAGCUUCUACUAAAGGGCCAAUAUAUAUAUCUGAUACUUUCCAUCGGAUAUACUGAUAUUCCAAUCUUACUCAAGGCGCAUUUAGUUAAUCCCAAAACGUAUCAUACUGAAGUAUUAAGAAAAAAAUGUGUGGGUUAGCAGAAUCAUCUUUUUCUUAUAUCAGCGUCCACAUACAUAAAUGCGUAAUGUAAAUUAACAUUUACAACCCCUUAAUUUGUUUUUUUCAUCUUAAGCAUCAAAUAAAAAUCCCCUUUUUCAAAUGUUUGAUAUAACUUAUCUCAAUUCCGAUGACUCCACGAAAACUCGAUUUGAUUGAGAAUAAAUACUUUUAGUUUAAUAAUUUGUCAUAAAUAAGAUUAAAUAAAUGAGAUUGGAGUGGGAUAAUAUUGAACGUUAAAUAAAUUGAAUUGAAUGAUAAGAAAAGAAACAUUUGAAUUAAUUAAAGAAUUGAAAUAAAUAGUUGAUUUAUUGCCUACAAGUAGUCUUAAUUUUUCAAUCAUCUUAAAACCAAAUUUUUUUUCUACAAUACACUGCCACACUCGUGUUAUCCCACUCUCCUUUUCAAUAUCAUUUUAUUCAAUGUGUAGAUCGAAUCAAUUUUUUUGUUCGAAAUUUUGUGAUAAUUAAUCGCAAGUAUCUAGAGCAUUACAGGGUUUAAAUAGGCAGAUUUCAGUUAACAUCUUUGUCAUUGAACUAACUUAGUAGUAAAUAAAUCACCAUAAAAAAAAGAAUAUAGAUAUAAAUAAAUAUUAAUUACGAUAAUAUAAUACUAAUUAUAAUGUUAAUAAUAGCGUUAAUAUUAAUACUAAAAUAAUAAAGUAAAAAAAAUACUUCGACUCUUUUCGAUAUCAUUGUCGCAAUGUGUUACCCGAAUGACGACGUAGUCGAGGCAUGUAAGAUUAAAAUUAUUUUUAUCGGCCGGGUGAUGCAUUUUCGUAGAUUAAUCGGAGUCUUGAUAAAAUAUCUAACAAAAUCCUUCGAUCCGUCAUUAGUCAGAUUGAAUUCGGAGGAUUGCUGAUCAAUUAGAUGAUAUUAAUUAAUCGUAUAAUUAAGUAUUGAACUACUGAUACGUAAAAUGGAAAUACCUCGAUGUGUAGAUGGUAGAUUACUAGUUUUAUCGCAUUGAUGCUUUUUUAUUUUUUGUUUUUUAAAAUCUCGUUCUAGUCGAUAGCUUUAAGAGGAUAUUCGUUGCAGUGUGGGAGAAUGAGCUGAAAUAGUGAAGGAUAAUAACGUAGUUAGUUGUUGAUUUGAAAUUUGUUUACUUGAAAUAAAAAAAUGUCAAUCCGAUCGUUGUACUGCAGAUCGUGCCCAGAAUUAAACGUCCAUGAAAUUUUAUUUCCGGCUCUGGUCAUUCUACUGGACGCUGGGGAGCUAACUCUCGUAUAUACUGCUAACAAAUAUGUGAGUUACGUAGUAUUUUUGCAUCAAGCGUCCGAUUGAACGAGUUAGUAAUUCCCGAGUAGCAUUACGAUCAUGUUACAUUAUAAUUUGUUCGGGUCAGUGUAAAGAGCGAGUGAGAGAAUGAGAGAGAGAGAGAGAGAGAGAGAGAGAGAGAGAGAGAGAGACGUUCGAUAAUCCAGUUUCCCGGGAUGGUAUUUAUCCCAUCUGCAAAAUUUCCAAUCCCGAGGGACGAUUCAGAUUAAACAGGGCCCAAUCGCGAAUUAAUUAACGAUAAGUCUGUAGAAUUUUUUGUCAUUAUUAUGUUUGUUGCUCGCUCCCACAAUUAGCGCGAGUAUAUAUAGUCAUCGUCCCUUAAUAAUCAAAUCACAUUAAGGCUAAAUUUUCUGUCUGUUUGCUCAUGUAAGUUCAGGUCAUACAACACACGUCGUGGUGAGAUGAAGUAGUUGAACAAACAAGUAUUAGCUUUUUCGUCCAAAGCAGUUGUAGUUUAACUUAGACACCUAGAAUGUUUUUCGAAAUAAGUACGUCCGAUAUCACGGUCCCUCCUACUACUUAGCAGUAGUCCAGACCCAAAAGAUGCACGCUUUAUUCGAGACUUGAAAUAUGGUCACUAAUUUUGUAAGCUGCACGCGGGUCUUUUAGUUGUUUUUUUAGGAAUUAGA